CCUUAUAUGUCCUGGCCUGCUGUGUGUGGGUGGGAGGGGUGGUGUCCCCGAACCCCUUUGUGACCAUACUGAAUAAUAAUCUUUUUCUGUGUUUCUAUUUACUAUGUCUAACUGAUCGAACCUGGCUUAUUGAGUAAGAGACAAGGAACUGGUGCUCUUUACUCAAGAGAUGGAUGGCAUUUCCUGAAAGAAAGCCAGAAGAGGAAUCUGGAGGAACUUAACUGGUUGAGGCAAGGAGUGUCAUUUCAGAACAAGGGUCGCUGAAUAUCCGCUAACUUGGACAAGAUGCCACUUGCGAUCUACCAGUAAAGGUAGCUUUACCAACUUAACUCACAAUUCUUUAAAGAACUACUACGGUCUCCCAACUCUGACGUUAAAGCGUAAAUUAAGCGAGCUGCCCUAAGUCACGCCGCUACUAAGGGACGGGCACACGAUAUGAAGCAAGGCCUAACGUUAGGAAUCAUUAGUCACUAACUACACGCCGGAAAUCAUGCCGUAAAGGACACGGGGGCGUGGAGGGUGGCGGCAAAGAACGGAACACGAGUGGGAUGGAGCACAUGGAAAGACGAGCGACUCCGAGAGCGAGAAGUCAUUCUGUCAAAGGAGGAAGCCGGGAGGUGGCAGGGGAGGAAAACCAGCGAAGGCGCUUCCAAGACGCCAAGGCGACUGGAAGGCACCAUACCUGUUGCUGUUGAGAUGGAGCAGCACACUAAUCCUAAUGACAAAGCCAAAGAAGAAGAUAAUGCUGUGUGUCUUUGUCCAGCAAAACCCUCCCCCAGUUAUAUCAAUCUUCAAGCAAAUUCCCCAUCAGCCACUUUAUUGAAUAUCCAGACAACAAAGAUACCUUCAGGAGCUGGCCAGAAGCCCAAGGAAUGCCUAGGACUCCUAGAAUGUAUGUAUGCCAACCUCCAGCUUCAGACCCAGCUUGCCCAACAACAGAUGGCUAUUUUAGAAAACUUGCAAGCAUCCCUAUCACAACUGGAACCUGGGAAGGAAAGCAACAAUGGUUCUCUCCCAGCCUUAUGUUGCAAUAUGUUUUUAAAUCACCUGCCCCAAUUCCAUAAAUGAACUGUGGAACAAAGA